AUGUCGAGCACCUCCGUCACCACCGACACCGGCAACUGUGUCGGCGACGACAGCAAUGAUUGGAGCUUCGUGGUGGAGGCGGAUAACAGCAAUUGGUCGGAGCUCUUUCGCGUCUGGCAGAACGGCUGUGUCUGGUGGAGAUGCGGCGGCGCGUUCAUGAACCUUGGCGGCAGAAGGCGGUCGACGGUGGAGGAGCUCACAGACCAGUUGGCGGUUGCAGGCGACGGUGCGUGCUCACAGUAUGUUGCGGCGAGGAUGCCAGUCGGUGACAACGGUGGAGACCAGCGGUCGAUGGUGGAGGAGCUUCGUGGCUAA